CGCGGGGCGUAGCGGGUGGCGGCGGAGGCUGCCCCCGAGAGGGAUCCGGUAAUCGGAGCCGAGGCUGGAACCAGGGGCGGGCGGAGACUCCCGCGCCGACGCGGCCCUAGAGACUGGGGCGGCCCUUACUCGCAGUCUUCGGCCCCGCCCCGCGACCCGGUCCGGGCACGUGCUCACCCCCGCGCAGCGCCAUGGCCAGCGAGGGUCUCGAGGGCGAGCACCCGUCCGUGACACUCUUCCGUCAGUACCUGCGCAUCCGCACAGUCCAGCCGGAACCCGACUACGGGGCUGCCGUGGCCUUCCUUGAGAGGAGAGCCCACCAGCUGGGCCUGAGCUGUCAGAAAGUAGAGGUGGCACCAGGCCGUGUGGUGACCAUGCUGACGUGGCCAGGCACCAACCCCAGACUCUCCUCCCUUUUACUCAACUCCCACACGGAUGUGGUGCCUGUCUUCAAGGAACACUGGAGUCAUGACCCCUUUGAGGCCUUCAAGGAUGCCGAGGGCUACAUCUAUGCCAGGGGCACCCAGGACAUGAAGUGUGUCAGCAUCCAGUACCUGGAGGCUGUGAGGAGGCUGAAGGCUGAGGGCCACCAUUUCCCCAGAACCAUCCACAUGACCUUUGUGCCAGAUGAGGAGGUUGGGGGUCACCAAGGCAUGGAGCUGUUUGUGCAGCGGCCCGAGUUCCAGGCUCUUAGGGCUGGCUUUGCCCUCGAUGAGGGCCUGGCCAACCCCGCCGAUGCCUUCACUGUCUUUUAUAGUGAGCGGAGCCCCUGGUGGGUGCGGGUCACAAGCAUCGGGAAGCCGGGUCACGGUUCACGCUUCAUUGAGGACACAGCAGCAGAGAAGCUGCACAAGGUCGUGAGCUCAAUCCUGGCUUUCCGGGAGAAGGAGAGGCAGAGGCUGCAGUCAAACCCCCACCUGAAGGAGGGGGCUGUGACUUCUGUGAACCUGACUAAGCUAGAGGGCGGCGUGGCCUGCAAUGUGGUACCUGCUACUAUGAGCGCCAGUUUUGACUUCCGUGUGGCACCGGAUGUAGACCUGAAGGCUUUCGAGGAGCAGCUGCAGGGCUGGUGCCAGGCAGCCGGCGAGGGAGUCACCUUCGAGUUUAUUCAGAAGUGGACAGAGUCCCGAGUGACAUCUACUAAUGACUCAGAUCCCUGGUGGGCAGCAUUCAGUGGGGUCUUCAAGGACAUGAACCUCACUCUGGAGCCAGAGAUCUUCCCAGCUGCCACCGAUAGCCGUUAUCUCCGUGCGGUGGGGGUCCCAGCUCUGGGCUUCUCACCCAUGAACUGCACACCCGUGCUGCUGCAUGACCACGAUGAGCGUCUGCAUGAGGCUGUGUUCCUCCGUGGGGUGGACAUAUACACACGGUUGCUGCCUGCUCUGGCCAGCGUGCCUGCCCUGCCCAGUGAGAGCUGAGUCCCAGGCUCCCCAACCUCUACCCCGGGAGUGUCCAUCCUGACCAGUGUUAAGUACCCCUCUGCCCCCCUGCCCCACAAUAAAGUCUGUGUGCGGACAGGG